AUGACCACCGAAACAACCGACGGCCUCCCCGGCACCGCCAAAACCACCAAAAGCCAAGUCCUCGAGGCCGGCGCCAGCGCCAUCCAAGACUUCACGCCCGUGAAGCACAUCUGCGCCCACCUGAACGCAUUCCACGUCUACGCCUCAGACAAGACGCGCUGCGUGGAAGCAAACCACUACUGUUCUCACAUCACAGAGGAUCUACGACAAUGCCUCCUCUAUGACAGCACCGCGCCGAACGCGCGCCUGCUAGGCAUCGAAUACAUGAUCACGCCCAAACUCUUCGCGACACUACCCGCCGAAGAGAAGAAACUCUGGCACACGCAUGUCUACGAAGUCAGCAGCGGGAUGCUAAUUAUGCCAGCGCCGGCGACGGUUCCCAAUGCCGUAUGGGAAGCAGCCGAGACGGCGGAAAUGAAGGAUAUUGUGCCGUUGUAUGGCAAGACGUAUCAUUUCUGGCAGGUGGAUCGGGGAGAUCCGGUGCCAAUGGGGGCGCCGGAGUUGAUGGCGAGUUUCACGAGUGAGGAGAGGGUCAAGCUGGCUUGUCCGGGGGGAUUGGGGGAGUUGGUGAAGGGGAGGGAUGAGAGGUUUGGGACGGAUUACAGGGCGAAGGCGGAGAAGAGGAGGGGGCUUGAGAAGGAGAGUGAAGGGAAGAUGAUUGAGGGUGAGUUUAUCCCUUUCUAUUUGUUUCUUUGUUGGGUGCGGAUGGGAUGUGGGAGGAUUGAGCUAGGAUCUUAUGACAUGAUGUUGGCUACGUAUGAAGAUAAUGAUAUCAAGGUAUGGAUGUGUCCCAUCGGUACCACCCAGUUUUCCAUUCCCAUAAUAAAAUGGGGUCCAAGCCGGGCUAUCGUUCAGGGAAUCCCACCAUCAAGUGAUGAGAUGUAUAUUCAUCUUGCUUCACUGUCCACACUCACGCGCUCUGGUGUUUAA